GAUCCCGCAAAAAAAAACAGACUGGAACAUUCUGAACAACGUGGUUUUGUUGGUCAGUUUAGUCGUUUAGUGUAUAUCUGUGAUUUGUGUCGUUUUAUUUAAGACCAGCAAAAGGAUUUACAAACAUAAUUAAUUUGGAAACUACAGUACGCCAAAGAUUUUUAUGUUACGAAAAUAUUUUAAAUGAUGAUAUCAAAAAUCUCAUAGUUGAUCUUGAGUGUUUGGUGGAGGAUAGUGUCUUAGAUCGAUUAGGACAUCACUUAUUUGGGUUACUUGCUCUAAAAGGCAGAUCCUUUUACACAGCUUUCGUAGAACAUGAAGUUCAACUAUUAGGAAUUCGAUUAGCUUCUUACAAUCCAGAAGAUGCUAUAAAUUUUGUUAAAGCUCUAAAAAGUCAUGUGUAACAUGUUUAGAGGCUGUUGAAGUGGAUGGAAAAGUGAAAAAUUACUUUAUUGCACUUAGUUCAGUCUUUUUAAAACUUGUUCUAUUUUCGAAGACCUAAAGAUGGUUCAAGUUCACUUUCCUUAUUGUGUUGAUCUUCCAAAAAGACAGUAUGAUUUAACUAAUGGAAUGUUAUUUAUAAAUUGUACAGAAUGGAAAACUAUAGUACUGUCUUUAUAUAAAAGUUUUCUACAUGUAGCUUUGUCUGAAAUAAGGUUUAUACCUAAACCGAAUGAUGCUUUUAAAGAUGAAAGAAUCACAAGUAUUUUAAGCUUAGCUCAAGAUCUAUUCUUUAAAAAUACCUCAGUUAGGUCAAAUAGAAAAUGUAGUAGUUUAGAAAUGAGACAUUUUAAAGAAGAGUCUGGAAACUUUCCAUUGAGCAUGAAGAAUUUAUAUAAUAAUUUAUUGAAAAGUAACAGAUUAAGUCAUAAUGCUAGAUUUGAUAUUAGUUUGUAUUUGAAAGAGAUUGGGCUCCAAAGAACAGAUUCCUUUGAGUUUUGGAAGAAAUUUUAUUCAAAACAACACUCAAGUUGCUGAAACUGUACUCACGAGGAAGAAAACGAGAAGCAGUAUAUUUAUGGUAUUAGACAUUUAUAUGGACUAGAGGGCUCUAGGAAAUCUUAUAAUGUAAAAGAUUGUUCUCAAAUACAGAUUAUAACUUUUGGGGCAAAUGAAGGAGGUGUUGCUUUUGAAAAACUAUCUACCUAUCAGUAGCAGCGAAAACAUUCAAACAAUAUAAUUAAUGAAAAAAGGGGAAAUCCAAAAAAAGGGCUGAAAAAUUUUUAGAUUUUUUUGUAAAAAGGGUGAAGGUAAUGUUGAACUACAUUCUAAAAAUCUGGCGGAAUAUUAUUUCUUAUUAAAAACAAUUACUUCUUUAUUUUUUACCACUGAUGUAAUAUUAAGAUGUAUACAGGUCAACAAAAAAAUAGUGUAUUCGAGAGUGUAUCUAACUUCGAUGGGUGAUUCUACAGAUAAAAAUAAAACAAAAAGUUCAUAUAAACAUAUGCCGUAAAAUGCUUCUCGAAGAAGUUACAGUACUCGAAAGAGAAAAUAAAAAUAAUAUGUUUUGUUCAUUUUUAAGGACAAUGGUAAACCGUUUUUCUUGAAAUUUGGUAUUUUGAUAGAAUUUUAAUUAAUGUCAUAUUUUUUGCUGUUUUAUAAUGUUAAAGAAGUCAAAACUUUAUUUAGUUAAAGCCGAAGGCUAUGGAAACGGUGAUAAUAGUUGUAGGCAAAACUCAAAGGCAUCCUUUAUUUGGAAAAAUCUUUUACAUUGUAAGACUUUCUAGAGCCUUCUAAAUGUCAAAUACCAUAAAUAUACCUCUUCUCGUUUUCUUCCCCGUGAGUACAGUUUGAGCAACUUGAGUGUUGUUUUGAAUAAAAUUUCUUCCAAAACUCAAAGGCAUCUGUUAUUUCGAGCCCAAUGUCUUUCAAAUACAAACUAAAAUUAAAUCUAAACAGAAAUCAUUUAUCUGUUAUUUUUUGAUAAAUUAUUAUAUAAAGUCUUAAUGCACAAUGGAACGUUUCCAGACUCUUCUUUAAAAUGUCUCAUUUCUAAACUACUAAAUUUUCUAUUCGACCUAACUGAGGUAUUUUUAAAGAACAGUUCUCGAGCUAAGCUUAAGGUGCGUAUUCAUU